GAGUUGCUUACAAUUCCAUGUCGGCCAGACAAUGGCAGACAUUCAUUUUGGCCUCUUUUGGAUCCAAUGAAUACAUGGCGAAGGGCCUACCAAAGUGCCGACCUUGCUACCGGCAGCUCCUCGAGCGCAGGCAGCCUGCUGAGGCAAUAUGCUGAAGCUGAGUCUCAGCUGAGCUUACGCGAGCGCUUGGACGUGCUGUGUCGCUUGCCGUCGUUGCACCCUUCAGUCCAUGACGAACGCUUGAAACGCCUUGCACAGGAGGUGCUGGCUCAACGCCAUGACUUGCCCCUGAGUUCCUUGGUGGAAGUGACCAAGGCCCUACAGCAGCUCGGUCUACGCGAGGAGUUGGAACCUUUGGUGUCGAUGGCCACAGAAAGUGCCCACUUUCUGUCAGGCGAUGUGGUCCUAUCUUUCGCCAGGACGUACAUGGCUGAUAAGACCAACAAGCUCUACCACAUGUACGAGGAUGCCUCCUGCUGUCGCUUUUCCGAGCUUUUCCAUCGAGCGGACUGGGAGGACCACAAGACGCGAAAGCUCUUCAUCUCUCGUGUUUUGGGCGCCGAACGUCGCUUCUUCGCAGAAGCUGGGGUGGCCUUUGACCCAGACACCGGGAUGACCUACGACGGACAUGCCCUGGAUGAAAGCACCGGUGAGUUGAAACGAGGUCCACCACCAGCAGGGCCCUUUGGCUUCAGUGCCGCCUCUAAGGAAGCGUUGCACGUCAGCCUGCUGGCACUGGCGGUGGAGAAGGAACAGGUUGGAGAAGGUACGGCGAAGCUGAUUUACAGCGAGGACGAAGCUUUGCAGCUUUUGGAAAAGAAGGUGAGCAGCAUGGAGGCCAUGGAUGCUGCCGAACCCGGCUUUGGCGGCUUCCUGCCAUGGUUUUGCUCUCGAGGAGUAAAACAGGGUCCAGAUCGUCGCUGCUUGACCCCUCAAGAAGAGGCAAGCACGCUGGGUGCCACCAACGACUUUGUGGGAAAGGUGCCCGGUCUGGACAACGGACAAUUGGCGUGGGCAACUUACGCGGUGAGCAAAGUUCUUCGAAGCCGCGCACAGGAGGGCCCACGCUAUGCCUCCCUGGCCACCCGCUGGGAGCAGCGGCUGCAGCGGAUGCGCACCACGGCCGUGCCCAUCUUCUACGCGGGCCGUGGGACUGGUGCCUUGCGUGCAGUGGCACGGAUCAGGAAUACCACACAGGAUGCGCUGAAUGCAUCUGACUACGAAACCGUGCCCUUGCAUCCAUCCUACUUGGACGACGCCUAUGAAGGCGAACUUCUGGUGCUCUUCGUGGACCUGUUGGGAGAUUGGUCCAGCUAUCCCAACAAUGGAAAGGAAGAACGAAACAAGAUGUGGGAGAGGAAGCAGAUCCGUUUGAAGGCGGUCAACUUCACGAACCCAGAUGAUGACCGCAAGAUCACUGUGCAAGAAGGCUUUUGGUUCUCCAGCCACGAGCAAUGGAAAUUGAUGGUGCUGCCUUAUUUGGAGAUCCCUUUGUUGAAGAAGGUCUUCACCAAUUCGGAGUAUGUCCGUGUGGUGAAUUCCAUCCAACUGCACAUCCCAGGGCUGUUUGCUUCGAGCCAUGCCCCCCCAGAUGUGGAAUGUGGCAGACUUGGGGGGUACUGCAAUGCUGUGGGCAUUCAGGCGGUGGCAUCGCAACCAGUCCAUUGGGACCAGAGUGUUUCCCCCUACGGCGCGUAUCCUGUGAUGUUGGUGGAUCUGCCAUCAGGUCUGGCAUGGUACAACACCAUGUUGUCGCUUCCGAAAAUGCAGACCGUGACUGGCAGUGUUGAAGCCGCACGAGUUGAUGGGACCUCUGUGGCAUCCAUCUUAACCUGGGACACGAAGGUCACAUCGGUUGUUGCCAUGUUGAGAGGGACCGGACCGUUGAUCAGCAAAUUGCUUAAGGAGGAUGGCUUGAGCGAGCAAUUCCAGGAACGUGUAAGCACUUUCUACGGGGAGAAGUUUUCCCUGGCCAUGUCUUCCGCUCCAGGUCAGCAUUUGCCAAAGCCCCCGCCGCAGCUCCUGCCGUCACAUUGGGCAGAGAGGAGUGCAGCGUUUCCAAGUUGUCGUUGCGACCUCGUCAAUGGAACUCGGAGGCUGUCGGAAAGCCUCAUCGUAUAG